CGCAACGAGGCCGAGCGGGAGCCCGGACCGCGCGGGACCAGGUACCUUGUGCCCUGCUGAGUACUGGCGUCCCCAGGCCUCCCUUUCUCAGCCUAGUACAGAGACCUCUUCCUUCCACCUAAGGGAAGAGGCACCUGGAUGCUCACGAGCACAGUGGGUCCCCAAGAACUGGCUGCAAGAUACCGCCUUUCCUUGCCUCUGCCCUCCUCACAGACUGCUCUGCGAUGACAACAGCCAGGUACCGGCCCACCUGGGACCUGGCCCUUGACCCGCUGCUGUCCUGCAAGCUGUGCCUCGGGGAGUAUCCAGCGGAGCAGAUGACAACCAUCGCCCAGUGCCAAUGCAUCUUCUGUACCCUGUGCCUGAAACAGUAUGUUGAGCUCUUGAUCAAAGAAGGACUAGAAACUGCAAUUAGCUGCCCGGAUGCUGCGUGCCCUAAACAGGGCCACCUUCAGGAGAAUGAGAUUGAGUGUAUGGUUGCAUCUGAAAUUAUGCAAAGAUAUAAAAAGCUACAGUUUGAAAGAGAGGUGCUCUUUGACCCUUGCCGGACGUGGUGCCCAGCAUCCACUUGCCAAGCCGUGUGCCAACUCCAGGACAUAGGGAUUCAGACCCCCCAGCUGGUGCAGUGCAAAGCCUGCGACAUGGAAUUCUGCUCUGCCUGCAAAGCCCGCUGGCACCCUGGCCAAGGCUGCCCCGAGACCAUGCCAAUCACCUUCCUUCCUGGGGAGAGCAGCUCUGCCUUCAAGAUGGAAGAGGGCGAUGCGCCCAUCAAGCGCUGCCCCAAGUGCAGGGUGUACAUCGAGCGGGAUGAGGGCUGCGCACAGAUGAUGUGUAAGAACUGCAAGCACGCCUUCUGCUGGUACUGCCUGGAGUCUCUGGACGAUGACUUCCUUCUGAUACAUUACGACAAAGGGCCUUGUCGCAACAAGUUGGGCCACUCCCGGGCAUCAGUGAUCUGGCAUCGGACACAGGUGGUGGGAAUCUUUGCUGGAUUUGGGCUCCUGCUCCUAGUGGCCUCCCCGUUCUUGCUCCUGGCCACGCCCUUUGUACUUUGCUGCAAGUGUAAGUGCAGUAAAGGUGACGAUGACCCGCUGCCCACCUAGAGGACUGCGUGAUGCUGGGACAGAAUCCUGCCUCGGGACGUGUGGCCCCCUACCCCCCUACCCCUCCCUCACUAAACAUGUUUCUUGCCUUAUGUGCCCCAUUGAGCUUCAGUGUCCGACUUCCUGCAGAGAUUUCAGGGAUGACAUCAGCCAGUGGGCAGAGGCCUCGGGUGUGGUCUCCUCCGGGGUGUGGGGAAGGCAAGGCAGAAGUGGGUGGGGCGCACCCCGCAGGUUCUUCUGUGUCUGCAGACCUGGCCUGAGGUAGCAUCAGCUGCACAUCAGGCGGUUUCGUCUCCCUGGCCAUAGACUGGGAACGUCCCGCUGGAGCUGAGGAGCCCCACUCAGACAAAGGGACGCCUUGGCUUCAAGAUGGCAUCGUAUGGUCAGGAGAGGUCUUCAAGACCUACGACUCUCUUCAGCCAGCACCUGAUUAUCUGACUUGAGAAAAUCUGUUUGUGAACUGUUUUUACUCCUAAAGGCAUUUAGUAAAAUCCUUUUUAGAAGGCUCCCCGCCCCCCCACUUUCUGUCCACUGAAUAGUGAAAAUCAACAAGGUGCGUCAAAACCAUGCCAUGCCUUCUCUGAAAUGUGCAUUUUAUGAAGUUAUAGAUAAGUGACUUUCUUGGCCUGACCACUUCUUCCAGGAGCUACAGAAAGCCUUAUGCACACUUUUGUGUUUCCUCUCGGAAGCCGCUGUCAUGACUGUUUGAAUGCCGUGAGCUGUGUCCUGUGACCCACACGGGCUCCCUGUUGUCGGGUUUCUUUGAAGAUGCUGACACGUUCAAGGGAUCAUCUCCCCUGUCCUCCAGUGCAGCUCACAGGGCCUAUUCCUUCUCCUAGGUGGCAGCCAACACCUUGGAGUAUCUCCAAACCAGGUCUUUUACUCUGAAGGCCUCUGCUUCCACUCCUUGCCCCACUUUGCAGGUUGGUGAGGCGACGAGGAGGGUUAGCACCAUCCCUCCCUGGGCAACUCUGAGAAGGUGGGUGGGAACGCUCUGAAGUGUUUGCAUUGUUCAGAUGCUUUAGGUAAUUUGAAAAACCAUGUGGCUCAUAGGACACAGGCCUAACCCGGUAGUUAACCAGUGUGUUCUUGCUAGGAAAAAACAAAACGAAACAAAACAUAUAAAGGAAGGAAGGAAGGAAGGAAGGAAGGAAGGAAGGAAGGAAGGAAGGAAGGAAGGAAGGAAGGAAGGAAGGAAGGAAGAACCCUUCUGCUGAGGGGAGUGGGUUUGCAAUUUGGUCCUUCUGGGGACUGUGUGUUUCCGUGUCAAGUGUAAGAUAGUAAGACCCAGGCACUCCACUGAUGGACUCUGAAAAUAGCAGAGAGAGUGCUUUCUUUCGGAAUUGACUUUCAGAGCCCACCACGCUCCCCAGGAGCAGGGUGGAGCUGUAGAGGUUCACAGGGGAUGGUGUUCUUAAAGGCUUACCGGGCAUCCUACAAAGAAGUAAAGCGAACCCGGAGUCCUGUCACCUCAGCCCUUGUUCUCACAAGCCCAUGGCCUCCUUAGUGACUGUCUGUGUGACUCUACACUUCUGGGCCAAUGUCAAGUCCUAGCAGGCACUGCCUGCCCAGGAGUGACUUCAUUUUCUUUCUUUUUAACUGCUGGUGAGUGAGGUAGGACAACCGCUGGCUUCUCUCCCGCUGGUAUUGAUUUUUCUUUAUUAAGCUAACGUCGUUUAGAAGCUCAGUCCGCAUCAAAACCACACUCAGAAAGUUGUCCUGUCGUUGAAAUGGAAAAGUUCACUAGCCAGGUGUGACCUCGGAGACUUUUAUUCUGCGUGAAGCCUGGCCUUGAGCCUCCUGUGGUUGGAAACAAGGGGCAAGGUGGCCUGGCUCUUCUGAAAAGGACUGACGAUUUUAUGUGAGUCUGUGGCUGGAUUCAAGACCUCAGGCCUGGAAUUUGUGUGCAAGACCAUCCGGCCACCACCUUUUAAAAUGCUUCUCAGAGGUGGCAGGCAGCCUGGGCCCUGGUUCUAUCGGUGCACAGGCAGACUUCACAAGACCAUGGUCCUCCCCACCCCGCCUUGACCACCACUGUCUGUCUCAUUGUUUGGUUGCAUUCAUCCUUGCAGUAGGAGCAGCAGCCUGUGUUUCCAGACCACGGCUCAGGCUCCCUAAUCAAACAUGGAGUCACUUUGUAUCUGGGAGACUUCUGAAAGUUCACACACCUUUGUGACCCCACCUACUCACACCAGCCCACAGUGUUCUUCCCAAGCACAUGACUGGACGCAGGCAGGGGCCGUAGGGAUGCUGGGGCUGACCAAGUAUGGACAGAGGAUCCCUGUCUGCCAUGAGCCUUUUUAUCAAGCAUACUUGCUCAAUUGUAAUAAAAACUAACUCGUCCACUCCCUCUAGAAACACCAGCAAGAUCACACUGAAAUAUAUACACUUGCAUUGUUCCCUAUGGGAGUCCUUUUAGUAGAGACUUCCACACCCGUUUAUUAUGGGCACGCAGCUUGAACCAUGUGUGAUGUAAAAUGCACGUGGAACAGUGAAGAUGCCCCCUCCCCCAGAUGCAACUGGUCUUGCUGUAAGUCCUGAGUAGCCUGAAGUGCUCUGUGAUCAUAGUAACCUUUCUGUUGCUCAGUGUGGUUGGUCAGAAGUGAAAAUGAAGUUCAAUGAGAUGGACCACUCUCCUGAUAGAAGAACACUGUUCAGUCCUGAGCUUGUGGAAGAGCCUCUUAGUGACAGGCUGUGGGACUUAAUGACAGGCUGUGGUCUUGUCUAGUAGGGCACCACUGAGGGCCUGCUGGCCUGUGGGUUAUCUGAGGCAUUGGGUGGCUGACCCUACCCACUGUCUUACUGGGUGUGCUAAUCCCUGCCAAGCUCAGUCCUGCAGCCCAUGGCUUCACAGUCUCCCCAGGGUGAUGCUCUCAGAGGCAGUCAUGAUCCGUGUUCAUGGAGGACAGAGAACCAGCUCCUUGUGGGGACAGAGAUUUGGAUUCCAUGAAUUAUGGCCCGCGUCUCCACCUGGGAGUAGCUCAGACUGUGGAACCAACACCUUCCCCACUUUGGUAUCUGUCUUGAAGAGAACAAAUCCUCUCUCUCUACAGUGUAUUGUUCCAUAAAACAGGUGUAAGAUCCUAGCCAGGUUUCCCAUUGAAUACAACCCCUGGGGAGGAAGGCUUGUCAGCCUUUGAACAUCUGACUUAAAGAUGAAUUUAUUUUUUUCCACUGCACUUAGGAAAGGGAGAGGUUAUUUCAUGAAUCCGAAGUGUUUUUCUUGGUCGCCUUUAAAAAUUAGGGGACUGGAGAGGAUGAGGGAGGGUUUAUUUUGUGUACUUCCUGAUUCCCACAGAUAAAUAAACACACCUGUGAAUAUAUAUAUGUAAAUCACAACGAAAUCUUCAAGGGAAACCACUUUGCAUGUAUACAAUUUCAUGACGGUUUCCUUUAAAAAAUAAAAAUACCAAAGCUUGUUUCUCCCUCACAAUGAACCCAAACCCUUAUGAAGUUAAAUGAGGUAAAGAGAUUAUAACUGACUGUCGCCAAAAAAAAAACUCAACCAGGAGGGAAGGGCUUAUGUUCAAAUGGUUGCUGAUGCCCCAUGAUUAGGAGAGCCCACUCUUGACAGUUAAAACCCUACAAUCUCUCCAGCCCUCCUGGCUUGUAUAAUCCUGUCUUCCAAGAUCCCAAGGCCCUCCAGUUAGGUGUAGCUGUGUGCCACGUGCCUGACUUUUCUUUGAGACUUUGCUAACUUUGCCUCAAGUGUAUUUUAAUCUUGUAUAAAAACAUGCAUGUGUCCGUCAUGCGCACGUGCACACGUAUGCAUUCUGUAUUUGAUGAGUGGUUACUGUAAGACCAAACAAGCAAGCAAGCAAACAAAAAAUUAUAUAUGAGAAAAUUGCGUUUGUGGUUUUGAGACGUGAGUACACUUGGUACCACUAACACUGUGACGUGUAAGAGCUGUCUGAAUGCCUUUCCAUGUUGUGAUUUGUACUUUAGAACCCUAGGGACACAUUGGAUCUAUAAUUUCAAUACAUAUUUUAAA